UUCUUAAGAUCCUCAAAAGACAAACCAAAACUUUGGAUUUAGCUCACGUGACAUGAAACUCCAAUCAGUUUUCUCCUAUAAAUUUUCUCUUUUUGUUUGUAAAACUCAAAAUUUCUGACCUUUGUUUUCCUUCUUUUUGUUAAUCAUGGGUAUCUCAAAGUGGAUUCUUUUGUUUGUUACUACUCUGCUUUUUGUUAGUCCAAGUUUUGUUAGAUUUUCUUAUGGCGCUUUGAGCUCAAAUGGGUUCUCAGAUAUUCCCAAAAAGCUGUUGGAUUAUGCCAAAAGGCAGGAGCUUGUGGAUUGGAUGGUUGGUGUUAGGAGGAAGAUACAUGAGAAUCCUGAACUGGGUUAUGAGGAAUUUGAGACUAGUAAGCUCAUUAGAGAAGAGUUGGAUAAAAUGGGUAUUAAAUAUAAAUACCCAGUUGCAGUUACUGGUGUUGUCGGUUUCAUUGGGACUGGUGAACCUCCUUUUGUUGCAAUUAGAGCUGAUAUGGAUGCUCUUCCCAUGCAGGAAAUGGUGGAGUGGGAGCACAAGAGCAAAGUUCCGGGGAAAAUGCAUGCUUGUGGUCAUGAUGCCCAUGUCACUAUGCUUCUUGGUGCUGCAAAGAUCCUUAAGGAGCACCUUGAAAAGUUAAAGGGUACUGUUGUUCUUGUUUUCCAACCUGCUGAAGAAGGAGGUGGAGGGGCAAUGAGAAUUAUCGACGCUGGGGUAUUAGAGAAUGUUAAGGCUAUCUUUGGGUUGCAUGUUUCACCUGAUAUACCUGUAGGUCAAGUGGCCUCCAGGCCCGGUCCUCUGUUAGCUGGGAGUGGCUUCUUUGAAGCAGUAAUUAGUGGAAAAGGAGGUCAUGCAGCCAUCCCCCAGCAUUCAAUAGACCCAAUAUUGGCAGCUUCUAAUGUGAUUGUAAGUUUGCAACAUCUGAUUUCACGUGAAGCUGAUCCACUUGACUCACAGGUAGUGACAGUUGCUAAGUUUCAAGGGGGUGGUGCAUUCAAUGUCAUUCCAGAUUCAGUCACUAUUGGUGGCACCUUCCGUGCGUUUUCAAAGGAGAGCUUCAUGCAAUUGAAAAAAAGGAUUGAGGAGGUUAUCACAGGACAAGCUGCCGUGCAGAGGUGCAGCGCAACUGUUACCUUCCAAGAAAACGGUAAAGCUUUCUUUCCUCCAACUGUGAAUGACAAAGACUUGCAUGAGUACUUCCAGCUUGUUGCUGGAGACAUGAUUGGAAACCAAAAAGUUAGUAUUAUGCAGCCAUUAAUGGGUUCUGAAGAUUUUUCAUUCUACCAAGAGGUGAUGCCUGGAUACUUUUUCUUUCUCGGGAUGAAGAAUGAGACACUUGGGAAGCUUGAAUCUGUGCACACACCCUACUUCACAGUCAAUGAAGAUGCACUUCCAUAUGGCGCUGCACUUCAUGCAUCACUGGCUUUAAGGUAUCUUCUUGAUUUCCAACCAAAAAUUUCUUCGCCAGAGGGAAAACAUCAUGAUGAACUGUGAGUUGCUGAUGGACUGUCUUCCUAAAUCCUAACGAGUCUAAUACCCGGCAUUGGCUUAAAUUCUUUCACAUAUGGAAGUGAGAUUAAUAUAUUCUUAUACCGUUUUCGCUCGUAAAUAUGAAUUAUUAUGCCAGUUUUAGUCAAAUCUUAUCAUCAGAAUUACAGGUUUGCUUCCCAGAAAAUAUUUUUACGCUGUUGGUAUUGGUUUUGGCUAGGCAAGGAAGAACGUAUGCAAUUGUCAGUAUCAAAUCAAAAUAAUCUCUUUUAGAGUUUUAGUCGUUCAUCUAUUUCAAAUCAUGUUUCUACCA